AUGGAGUCGACCACGACGGCAGCCACGGAGGAAGUGCAGGUGACGACGCGUGUCGACCUCGGCGCCCUCCUAGGCGUGGCUGACGGCGCCGCCGUGACGCUGGUAUUGGGCGACGCGUGGGCGACGCGUGGGCGACGCGUGGGCGACGCGUGGGCGACGCGUGGGCGACGCGUGUCGGGAGCCAGCACCGCGUCGUGGAGUCCAGUGGUGCCCACGUCAGGAGGGUGGGGUUCCGAGGCAGGCCUUCGAGGGGCCCAGCACCGUCGCUCGGCUGGUCGCUGCUGGCAGCAAGCGUGCUGUGUCGAGCGUGAAGACCCGGCGCGAGCAGCAGACGGUGUCCCAGCUGAGCGCAGGCAGGUGCUCUGGCAGGCUGGCCCUGCCCGGCCCAGCCCACAUAAGGGCCCGCAGCACCAGGUGACGGCCGCGUAGGGCUGGGGCGACGCUUCGCUCGGUGGGGCCGCAGACGCCGUGGUCGGCAACCUGAAAAAUGUGCUCAGCACGAGUUGCCAGCAGAGUCCAGAAACGAACACGAGACCGGCCACGAAGGAAGUUCAGGGGGACCACAAGUGUGGGGGCGGGCGGCCCCCUAGGGGCGGGUGACGGCGCCGCGGUGGCGCUCCGCUGCCAGUCGUCGACGCGUGGCUGACGGAGGCC